CACCUGACUUUAGGGCCGGCUAAUCUGGUUUUUCGUUCCUAGAGCCCGGGCAGCUAGCUGGCUCGUCGAAGUUCAAUUUAAUUUAUCGGCGCUUCGUUGCGAAAACUGCAAUUAAGUAUUAAGUUAUGGCGGUGAACACAGGAACCUCUCUGGUGCUGUCCAGUCUGCUCUCAGUGCUGGUGUUUGCUGGGAUGCAGAUGUUCAGCAAGCAGCUGGCCUCCACUGAGUGGCUCACCAUCCUGGGAGGUUUUCUGGGCUCAGUCCUCUUCAUCUGCUCCCUGACUGCAUUUAAUAAUCUGGAAAACCUAGUUUUCGGGAAGGGAUUCCAGGCCAAGAUAUUCCCGGAGAUUCUCUUGUGUCUGUGCCUUUCACUGUUUGCCUCUGGCCUGGUACACCGUGUCUGUGUCACUACAUGCCUGAUAUUUUCCCUCUUUGCUCUGUACUACAUCAACAAAGUAUCUGCUGCCCUCUACCAAGCAGCUGCUCCUGUAGUAACACCACCAAAGUCAGCAGAGCAAGAGCAAAAGGAAGAACUGAAGAAUCUACUGGAUCACACCUGAAUCACAUUUGGAUCCUGUUUAACCGUCAUUAUUCCCCAUGUGCUGAUCUCAU